GUUUAGUAGUCCCAAUCCACAACCGCCAGACCCUCGCUCCACAAUGGCUGCAGCUGUUUGCAUCUGCUCCUCACCAUAGCUUACUUCACCGGCUUGCAACGUGUGUCCACAGACACCUUCAACCCUUGUUCUCUGGGUCUCCUUGUCACUGCUUGCACCCUCCGCGUGGCCAUUCUCAAAUGCAGCGGUCGCUGACCCGCAGUGGCUGGGAGACGAAUCGAAAUGCUCUCGCAGACAACAAGGACGCCAUCCUGGUCGGAGGGGCCGUGCUGGCGACCGUGUUUGGUGCCGGGAUGGGCUUGAUGUCGGUUAAGAACCAAUUCGACCUGCAGCAGGCGGAGCUGCGCCGCCAGCGUCAGUUGGAGCAGGCGGAGCAGCGCCGCCAGCAGCAGUUGGAGCAGGCGGAGCAGCGCCGCGUUGCCGACGUGCAAAAGGAACGCCUCUUCAGGCAGCUUGCGGAGGAGCGCGCACGGUUCGAGCAGCGGCUGUUCGACGCGGCGUUUCACGAAGACUACCAGAAGUGGCGCCGCGCGAGGACUGCUCCGGCGCGUCGCAUGGAAGGCAAGGCGGACUAAGUCUUCAGGCGGCAGCCUAUGCGGCAGCCGGACCUGCGAGAUGCACGUCCGGCAGGUCGCGGAGACGGCACCGCUCUGGCGCGGGCGGAGAAGUGCACAUUGGCGAAGGCGCACUUCGCCUGAAGCGCAUCACUUUGCUUUGGUUACAACCCGGACCUGCUGACGCCUAGCAUUGCACCUGGUCGGUGUGUGCCCUGCUGUAAAGCCCAGGAGCGAGCCACGAGCAACGCCACCUGCAUGCCGCAUGGACAAGAACUGAUGGGCCUUCGCUGGCCUGCAGUAGCGCCGCUUAAGGCACGGCAGCUGCUGCGGAUUAUGUUCAAUGAGCCGGGGAACAGUGCAGAGGAGCGGGUGCUGGCUGCAAUCGCCAACCCGUUCGAGCUGUAGAAUGCAGGCACAGGUGGAGGAAGCCGCCCGCUGUAUCUGCACCACUCGCACUCCACAACUGCUUCGAUACCAUGUUUUGUAGAUGAGCGUUAUAUGGCUGUACAGUAAUUGUUUUUCCGCACCUCAACACAUGGGGUUUUUUGCAGAGGCUGCCUGACAAAGCAUGAUAUGGGCCUUACUCUAGAUGCACACCGUAUGACAGUGCAGACGUGUUCCUGGGUAGGCGAGCACUUCGCCAAAGACCACCCGUAAAUACGGCAAGCAGUUUGUCGGUGUGGCGGGUUUCCUCCUAUGCUGCCUGCUAGCCCCAACAACCACUGCUGGCAUCGUGCGGAUUUUGUAGAUGGGCGGCGGAUGGUUGUACAGUAAUUCUUUUCCCCGCCUCACGUGCCGGUCUGGCUAGUAUGGGUUUCUGUCCUCAGGCUGCCGGGUGCGAGAGAGAGGUGGGCUUGCAGUUGAUAUAGAUGAC